CCUUUUGCCCCGUCAGUAGGCGAGUCCAAGUGUCAGAUACCGACAGGGGGGACUUUAGUAACGUAAGCUAAACGGUUUGCCUAGCGAAAGGCUGAGACGCCCUGAGCAAUCGCCUGUCGAGCCUCCACUCUUCCAUGAUAGUAACUGUUGAGUUAGAGGACAUUUUCACCACAUUCUGGAUACUAAUAUCAUUUCUGGUCCCCGCCUUAGGCGCCACAAAUAGUUCAGUCCCGUCCCGCAGCGUCCGACGGGAGAGGAAAGGGGAGGCCGCCAUGUUGGACGGAACCAUCCGUUGCUACACAUGGGGUGGCUAAUGCGCCCAUGAAUUUAGUGAUGGACAGAAACAACCUUGUUGAAUGGAAUUAAGCACUUUCUUGUCACAAGAAUGUCCGUUUGGUGAUUUGCGGACGCGGCUUGCGGAUGAGAGUCCUCUCAGGGUCGUCGUGAGGCUCCAGGGCGUGGGUACACCCCCCGCCUCGCGGCCUUGGUACGGCCUCCCCGUCGCACGCACAUGGCUGAGCUGUAGCCGGCGCGGCGCGCGGUGCGGCCUGGGAGAGUCGGAAGCGCGGCGGCCGCGGAGCCCUGCGAGUAGGUAGUGUCGGGCCCAUGCAGGACGCGGAGAACGUGGCGGUGCCCGAGGCGGCCGAGGAGCGCGCCGAGCCCGGCCAGCAGCAGCCGGCCGCCGAGCCGCCGCCAUACGAGGGGCUGCUGCGGCCCGCAGGGCCCGGCGCUCCGGAGGCGGCGGGGACAGAGGCCUCUAGUGAGGAGGUGGCGGUCGCGGAGGCCGGGCCGGAGCCGGAGGUGAGGACCGAGCCGGCGGCCGAGGCAGAGGCGGCCUCCGGCCCGUCCGAGUCGCUCUCGCCGCCGGCAGCCGAGGAGCCGCCUGGGUCGCACGCUGAGCCCCCUGUCCCGGCACAGGGCGAGGCCCCAGGAGAGCCGGCUCAGGACGAGCGCGCCGACAGCCGGGCCCAGGCGGCGUCCGAGGACGCGGGAGGAAACGAGGGCAGCGCGGCCGAGGCCGAGCCCCGGGCGCUGGAGAACGGCGACGCGGACGAGCCCUCCUUCAGCGACCCCGAGGACUUCGUGGACGACGUGAGCGAGGAAGAAUUACUGGGAGAUGUCCUCAAAGACCGGCCCCAGGAAGCAGACGGAAUCGAUUCGGUGAUUGUAGUGGACAAUGUCCCUCAGGUGGGACCUGACCGACUUGAGAAGCUCAAAAACGUCAUCCACAAGAUCUUUUCCAAGUUUGGGAAAAUCACAAAUGAUUUUUAUCCUGAAGAGGAUGGGAAGACAAAAGGGUAUAUUUUCCUGGAGUACGCGUCCCCGGCCCAUGCCGUGGAUGCUGUGAAGAACGCCGACGGCUACAAGCUUGACAAGCAGCACACGUUCCGGGUCAACCUCUUCACAGAUUUUGACAAGUAUAUGACCAUCAGUGACGAGUGGGAUAUUCCAGAGAAACAGCCUUUCAAAGACCUGGGAAACUUACGUUACUGGCUUGAAGAGGCAGAAUGCAGAGACCAGUACAGCGUGAUUUUUGAGAGUGGAGACCGCACUUCCAUAUUCUGGAAUGACGUAAAAGACCCCGUCUCAAUUGAAGAAAGAGCGAGAUGGACAGAGACAUAUGUGCGUUGGUCUCCUAAGGGCACCUAUCUGGCUACCUUUCAUCAAAGAGGCAUUGCUCUAUGGGGGGGAGAGAAAUUCAAGCAAAUUCAGAGAUUCAGCCACCAAGGGGUUCAGCUCAUUGACUUCUCACCUUGUGAAAGGUACCUGGUGACCUUUAGCCCCCUGAUGGACACGCAGGAUGACCCUCAGGCGAUAAUCAUCUGGGACAUCCUUACAGGGCACAAGAAGAGAGGUUUUCACUGUGAGAGCUCAGCCCAUUGGCCUAUUUUUAAGUGGAGCCACGAUGGCAAAUUCUUUGCCAGAAUGACCCUGGAUACGCUUAGCAUCUAUGAAACUCCUUCUAUGGGUCUUUUGGACAAGAAGAGUUUGAAGAUCUCUGGGAUAAAAGACUUUUCUUGGUCUCCUGGUGGUAACAUAAUCGCCUUCUGGGUGCCUGAAGACAAAGAUAUUCCAGCCAGGGUAACCCUGAUGCAGCUCCCUACCAGGCAAGAGAUCCGCGUGAGGAACCUGUUCAACGUGGUGGAUUGCAAGCUCCACUGGCAGAAGAACGGAGACUACUUGUGUGUGAAAGUAGAUAGGACUCCGAAAGGCACCCAGGGUGUUGUCACAAAUUUUGAAAUUUUCCGAAUGAGGGAGAAACAGGUACCUGUGGAUGUGGUCGAAAUGAAAGAAACCAUCAUAGCCUUUGCCUGGGAACCAAAUGGAAGUAAGUUUGCCGUGCUGCACGGAGAGGCUCCACGGAUAUCUGUGUCUUUCUACCACGUCAAAAACAACGGGAAAAUUGAACUCAUCAAGAUGUUCGACAAGCAGCAAGCAAACACCAUCUUCUGGAGCCCCCAAGGACAGUUCGUGGUGUUGGCGGGCCUGAGGAGUAUGAACGGUGCCUUAGCGUUUGUGGACACUUCGGACUGCACGGUCAUGAACAUCGCAGAGCACUACAUGGCUUCCGACGUCGAGUGGGAUCCUACUGGACGCUACGUCGUCACCUCUGUGUCCUGGUGGAGCCAUAAGGUGGACAACGCGUACUGGCUGUGGACUUUCCAGGGCCGCCUCCUGCAGAAGAACAACAAGGACCGCUUCUGCCAGCUGCUGUGGCGGCCCCGGCCUCCCACACUCCUGAGCCAGGAGCAGAUCAAGCAAAUUAAAAAGGAUCUGAAGAAAUACUCGAAGAUAUUUGAACAGAAGGAUCGUUUGAGCCAGUCCAAAGCCUCAAAGGAAUUGGUGGAGAGAAGGCGCACCAUGAUGGAAGACUUCCGGAAGUACCGAAAAAUGGCCCAGGAGCUCUAUAUGGAGCAGAAAAACGAGCGCCUGGAGUUGCGAGGAGGUGUGGACACUGACGAGCUGGACAGCAACGUGGAUGACUGGGAAGAGGAGACCAUCGAGUUCUUCGUCACGGAGGAAAUUAUCCCUCUCGGGAACCAGGAGUGACCUGGGAGUGCUGUGUGCAGCCGCGUGUGGUGUGUGGAGCGGAGGCCGUCCUGCAGGAAGCCCGCGUGACUCCCUCCGGCUCCCCGUGCUCUCUGGCUCUGGACUGUGACCGCGCCUGGAUUCUGCCAUUGCGACACAUUUUUGUGCCUUUCAGCCCCUGGUGUCUGCAGUGGGGUGUUUAAGGCACCCGCUUCCACUUCUUUCUUUUUUUUUUUUUCCUGAGACAGAGUCUCACUCUG